CACAAAAAAAACGUAUCAACAACAACUACAAAAUCAACAUCAAAAUAGUCAUAGAUUAUAAAACAGUAAGAAGUCAUCUUUGAUUAAGAAUGUCAGAUGAAGAGGAUGGAUCAGAUAUUGUUACAGAAAUGAAUGCAUUUGGUCUGAGCGCUGACAUAUUGCAACAGAUAUUUGCAGCAAAGAGUGGAGACCCUAACAAAUUUCAGAGCUUUUGGGAGAUGGAUGAGGAAGAUGUGGAGGAGGAGAGCAUGGAGGAGAUACAGAAGGAUCCAAGAAAGAAGAUCCUGUGGGCUGCAGAGAACAAUGAGUUAGCUAUCGUUAGAGAUCUUCUCGAGACUGACCCGGGGCUUGUGUCCAGCAGGGACAGUGAUGGGUACACUCCCCUUCACAGGGCAGCAUACAAUGGUCAUCUAGAUAUGAUCAAAUUACUGCUAGACAAUGGGGCAGAUGUGUUAGCAGAGACCAACGAUGGCUGGCACCCGCUCCACAGCGCCUCACGCUGGAACCAAACGUCAGCCGCCUCCCUGCUGCUGCAGAGGGGAGCCAACAUCAACGCCCGCACUCACAGUGACCAAACACCCCUACACAUCGCAGCAUCAGACAAAGAGAGCAUGGACUGUCUCAAAGCUCUUGUUACUGAUAAAAGCUCAGAUAUCAGCCUGAUAAACAGUCUUGGUGAAACUGCAUAUGUAAUUUGUAAACGGACCAGUGAACACUAUAAACUUUUUGAACAAAGACCAGAUUUCAUGUCAGUGAAAACUUAGUUUUGUCUCUGCUAUGUUCUGUACAAUUCCUGCUGUUGAGAUAAGGACUGCAUACUGCUGGUUUAUGACAGUUUCUGUUCAUGCACAUACAAGAGGGCAUAUAUAGGUGUAUGAAGUAAUGUCAUGUCAUAUUGUGUGUCUUUGUAGAAAUACCUUUAUAACUUUUUUAGGUCAGUUUUUUUUUUUAACGAAAGGAGUCAAUAAUACAAUUAGUUGCCCUUAAACUCGCAAUACUUCUUGGAACUUAAUAUUUGUGCAAGGUAUUUAACAAAACAUGCAUUAGUCAUCAUUAUUUGUAAUAUUUGAAUAUAUUUGGCCCCUUAAGAAAUUGACACUUUAAAAGGUCAUGUCAUUUUCCCCUCUGCUAUAAAUAUACAGAGUAUAAGCCAUGUGACUGCCUUCAACUGUUCCAUAUUUCUAUAGCACCACAGACUCCAAAGUCUAUGUUGAGCCAUAACUUAAAGGGGCGUGUUCACAUUUGGUAGGGUCAGAUAUUGAAGAAAUUAUUUUUUAUGAACAGAAAAUAAAAUGGGUGUUACAAUCAGUUCCAUCAUAAAAUAUUGAAAUUAGAGCUGUCAGUAAUAAUUUAAAAAUGUAACAGAAAAUGCGUAAGUCUAAGUAGCGCUAUUGAAAAUUGAAUUAUUUCCAUAUUGGAUUUACAAAAAUAUAUUUUCAUUUGAGUA